AUGUCGCCUAAAUCUGGUACCCGCAGCUCUUCUGUAACGGGCCUCGCGAUUGUCCCGGUCAGAGUAACGGCGGAAGGAAGAUCUAAAGUUGUGGAAACAUAUGCUUUCCUAGAUUCUGGUUCUAACACCUCGUGUUGCACUGAAAGCCUACUGAAAAGGCUCGACCAUCAAGGACAAAGAACGAAGCUGUCCCUUACCACAAUGCUCGGCGAAGGUAUGCCGAUCGAAUGUUCAUUACUCAAGAUUCAAGUCGCUGACUUAAACAACGAAACCCGCGUUGUAAUACCAACAGUGUAUUCCACCCCAAAUCUACCUAUCCGACCGGAAUGUAUUGGUAAACAGGAAGACGUCAAUCGCUGGCCACAUCUAAAAGGUAUAACCAUCCCACACAUUGAUGCUGAGAUCGGUCUCUUAAUUGGAAGUGACGCCCCAGAAAUACUGCAACCAAGGGAAGUAAGACAGAGCGAGAAUGGAGGUCCCUUCGCAACGAAAACGGUUUUAGGCUGGGUCCUUAAUGGCCCGCUUGGACGAAAGGAAAACAAAGCCCCCGCUACACAUUGUGUUCAGGCAGACAACAUACUUAACAAGCAAUUCAAGAAUUUAUGUAACAUGGAGUUCGACGAUGUAAAGUACGAGUCCUCUGAAAUUUCUAUGUCACAGAACGACAAGAAGGCUUUAAAUAUCAUGGAAAAAACGGUCAAGAUGGUUAACGGUCACUACGAGAUUGGACUUCCGUGGAAGAACAACCCACCGCAUCUCGAGAACAACAGGUUACAAGCUGAACAAAGACUACAUUCGUUGAAAAGGCGAUUGCAACACGAUCCACAGUUAUUAAGCAAGUACAAAACAUUCAUGAACGAUUUUUUAUGUAAGGAUUACGCCAGGAAAGUUGACAGCCAAGAUCUCGGUCCGCUGAAAACCCAUUGGUAUUUACCUCAUCACCCUGUAUUCCACCCUCAAAAACCCGACAAGGUUCGCGUCGUAUUCGACUGCUCAGCAAAGUAUCGCGAAGCCUCGUUGAAUGACCAAUUGCUACAGGGGCCAGAUUUGACAAAUACACUCAUCGGCGUGCUUACAAGAUUCAGAGAAGAACCUGUAGCAUUCAUGGCAGACAUCGAAGCGAUGUUCUAUCAAGUGCGCGUCCCCUCAAGCGAUUGUGACGCCCUCAGAUUUCUGUGGUGGCCGGAUGGCGAUCUCGCCAAGAAACCAGAAGAGUACGAAAUGAGAGUUCAUCUCUUCGGCGGUGCCUCAUCCCCAAGCUGCGCUAAUUUUGCCCUGAAAAGGACCGCUAAAGACAACGAAGCAGAUUUCGAGCCCAAGGUCAUCGAGACAGUGCAACGUAACUUCUAUGUCGACGACUGCCUAAAGUCAGUCAAAGGGGAAGACGAAGCCGUUGAUCUCGCGAAACAGCUGCGGGAGUUACUGGCCAGAGGAGGGUUCAGGCUUACAAAGUGGCUUUCAAACUCGAAAAAGGUCGUUCAAUCCCUCCCUGAAUCGGAAAGAGCCUCGCUGGUCAAAACCCUAGAUUUCAACAGUUGGUCUGUCGAAAGAGCUCUUGGAGUUCAAUGGAAUAUUACUUCCGAUCAGUUUGGUUUCAAGAUCGUCGUGAAGGACCGACCCCCUAUGAGAAGAGGAAUCUUGUUGAUCGUCAGCUCAGUCUAUGACCCUCUUGGAUUCGCCGCGCCAUUUAUAUUUCAAGCUAAGCUCAUACUACAAGAUCUAUGCCGUAAGAAAUUAGGCUGGGACGAGCCCAUCCCAGAAGAAUCCCUGAAACGAUGGCACGGAUGGCUACAAGAGCUACCCAAGCUGGAACAACUCGUGGUCGAUCGCUGCUUUAAACCAAAAUCUCUUGGGAAAGUCUAUGACGUUCAACUCCACCACUUUGCUGACGCAUCUCAACACGGAUACGGCGCGGUGUCAUAUCUUAGAGUCGAAGAUACCGAUCACAACGUGAAAUGCUCGUUUAUAAUGGGUAAAGCUAGGCUCGCACCAAUCAAGCCAGUCACAAUACCUCGGAUGGAAUUGUCAGCGGCGGUGGUCGCUACAAGACUAGACAAAAUAUGUCAACGGGAGCUCAGAUCACCAAUCGACCGGUCUUUCUUUUGGACGGACAGUACUUGCGUGCUGCGUUAUAUAGAGAACGAAGACAAACGAUUUCAAACCUUCGUCGCGAAUCGUAUUGAAACCAUCCACAAUGCCUCUUCACCAUCCCAGUGGAAUUAUGUCAACACUGAUCUCAACCCAGCAGAUGAUGCUUCGAGAGGAGUCCCGUCAGAUUCACUCGACCGCUGGAUUAGAGGACCAGACUUCCUUUCGAAGUCGUUUGACGAAUGGCCAAAGAGACCAGCCGAUAUGAGUACCAAUGUUCGCGAUGACGACCCUGAAGUCAAAGAAACGAUUUCAUGUGCAACCAGCAGUCUACCUGAUCAACACCCCAUGACGACGAUAAUCGAAAGAAACUCAUCUUGGAGCCGCUUGAAAACAACAGUGGCAUGGAUUUUACGAUACAAGACGAAACUACUCAAUUCGAGCAGGAAACGAAGAGUAGGUGAACCUAUCGAGAUCGAGUCAACCAAUGGCGUAAUACCCAUUGAUGUGAACGAGUUAGAAACGCCGAAAUUGAGAUCCUGA